CGAGGAUAAGACUUAAGUCGGGAGAAGUUUGCGCACAGCGCACAGCUGGGAAGGAAGGCGCCGGGAAGAACGGCUAGCCCCCCAGACACUGGGUGGGCUGCGCCGCGCCGCUCGCGGACCUUCCUGGGUUGGAGAGGUGCGCACAGUCCGCACCUCACCCAGCGGCUGCCAUCUCCUACUCAGGAGAUGCGCACUGGAGCCUGAGUUCCUGAGUCUUUGGAGCCACCACCUGCGAAUGCCCUUCGCUUCUACUGAGCCAUGUCGGGCAGCCCAGUGAGAUUACUCCAGGUCUUAGAAGACCGUCUUCAGAAGCCCAAGAUGAGGUUCACACUUACACGCUGGUGCUUGACCCUCUUCUUCUUUCUGAAUCGCCCAAUUCCGGUUCUUCCUGCCACUUCAGAGGUCACCCACCCUCCAACAAUAGAGCCGGAGCCAUUUCUCUACCUUUUAGGAAAGCAGAGACUGUUGGAGGCACAGCACAGAUGCUAUGACCGAAUGCAAAAGUUACCCCCAUACCAAGGAGAAGGUUUGUAUUGCAACCGUACCUGGGAUGGAUGGUCCUGCUGGGAUGACACACCGGCUGGAGUGCUCGCCGAACAGCACUGCCCAGAUUAUUUUCCGGACUUUGAUGUAGCAGAAAAAGUUACAAAGUACUGUGAGGAAGACGGGCUUUGGUACACGCACCCUGGCAGCAACAUAUCCUGGUCCAACUAUACUAUGUGUAACGCUUUCACUCCUGAGAAGAUGCAGAAUGCAUACAUUCUGUACUACUUGGCUAUUGUGGGUCAUUCUAUGUCGAUGUUCACCCUGGUGAUUUCCCUGGCGAUUUUCAUGCUUGUUAGGAGCCUUAAGUGCCAAAGGGUGACUCUGCACAAGAACAUGUUUCUGACUUACGUUCUGAAUUCUAUCAUUAUCAUCAUCCACCUGGUUGAAGUUGUGCCCAACGGAGAGCUCGUGAAAAGGGAUCCGCCGAUCUGCAAGAUUUUGCACUUUUUUCACCAGUACAUGAUGUCGUGCAACUACUUCUGGAUGCUCUGUGAAGGGGUCUAUCUUCACACACUCAUCGUGGUGUCUGUGUUCGCUGAGAGACAACGCAUGUGGUGGUAUUAUGUCCUGGGCUGGGGGCUCCCGCUGGUGCCAACCACUGCCCAUGCUAUCGCAAGGGCACUGCUAUUCAAUGACAACUGCUGGCUGAGUGUGGACACCAACCUGCUUUACAUCAUCCAUGGUCCUGUCAUGGGGGCAUUAGUGAUCAACUUCUUCUUUUUGCUCAACAUCGUCCGGGUGCUUGUGAAGAAAAUGAAGGAAUCCCAGGAGGAGGAAUCGCACAUGUACCUGAAGGCGGUGAGGGCCACUCUGAUCCUGGUGCCCCUGCUGGGGGUCCAGUUCGUCGUCCUUCCCUGGAGACCUUCCCACCCAGUGCUUGGAAGGAUCUACGACUACGUGAUGCACUCUCUGAUUCACUUCCAGGGACUCUUUGUUGCCGUCAUUUACUGCUUCUGCAACCACGAGGUCCAAGCUGCUCUGAAGCGUCAAUGGAACCAAUACCAAGCCCAGCGCUGGAGUGGCCGCCGCCGCGCCAACCGUGCCGCCAACGCUGCCGCCGCCACUGCUGCUGCCGCUGCCGCCCUGGCUGAGGCUCCUCAGAUGCCUGUCUACAUCUGCCAUCAGGAGCCAAGGAACGAGCCCACCAACAACCUAGGCGAGGAGGGGGCUGAGGUCACCGCUAUGGAGGGGGUUGAGGUCAUCGCUAUGGAGGGUGAUGAGGUCAUCGCUAUGGAGGGUGAUGAGGUCAUCGCUAUGGAGGGUGAUGAGGUCAUCGCUAUGGAGGGUGAUGAGGUCAUCGUUACGGAGGGGGCUGAGGUCAUCGCCAUGGAAAUCAUCGAGCAAGAGUCAUCCGCUUGAAUCUGACGCAAAUACAGCAUCGUGAUCACUGAGCCCUCAUUUCCUGGGAGAAAGACCAACCAUGCUUUUACAGUGAUUUCCAUCCUCCCAGGAGCAAACAUCUCAUUUGUGAGAAUUAUUAAGUGCAUUUGUCCAUAGUGAACCUGAAGAAAGUUUUACUUGGUACUGUUGCUUCCGGGAGACAGUCUCAGAAUGGAGUCUCCCUCUGUAGCACUUGUGAACUCCUGUGAAUUCCAUCUUUCAUCCAGGACUGAGAUAAAAACGUCACAGUAAUGCAAGCAAAGUGUCCGAGUAAAACACAGUUAAAUUGACCUAGUUCAGAUACAGGGUGCUCCUAGUUAAUCUUGAGCCAUUUAUACCUUUGAAAAAUUAAAAUCACUGUCAAUGUUUUUCUUUUUAACUCUAAACCUUGAAUUAGGACACUUCUGUAUUUGGCUAUGGAUCUCAUUUUUAAUUUUUUUUUAAUUUCUAUCAAUUCUGAUGUUACUCAGAUGUUUUACCAUCCACACAAUGUAAACUGCACAAAUUACAAUGUGACCUCCACAAGACAAUGUGGCUUUCUAAUAUAGAGAUGAGAUGACCAAGUGCGUGUGGGGGAAAAGAUUUGCAUUUGGCAGGAAAAUGUAAUGCUUUAAAUGAAAAAGAAAUUUAGAGUCAGUUUGCUCUAAACCUUAGAUGGGUCAAUUUGUUAAUUGGUUUACUAAUACUGACGCUCAUCUUGGUUUUAGAUAAUCCUAUCUGUUGCGCAGGCCCUAACUGCUGUGAGGAAUUGGCCUUCAUGUUGCUAACAUUUAUAAAUUGGGAGGUCACAAAGAAUCCAUCACUAAAUUUUUCACAAAACUGCCAAAAAUAUAAUUCCUAGUGGAAGAGAAUACUCUCUUUAAAGAGAGUUUUCCACUUUCCUAAACUCCAGGAUUUAUAAAGCAAAUCAUUCCAAGGUUUAUAAAGCAGAUUACCUCUUGCCCUUGGGUGCUAUCUAGCAGUAAAAGAUAAAUUUGUUUAACACUGGUAAUCAAAAGGCUCCAUACAAGUCCAUUAACUGCUUUACACCCAGCUUCUAAACUUAACAAGAUCUCAGCCUUUUCCAGGAAGAUUCAGUAGGACUAAUUAGAUAUCAGUUUGUAGUUGACCUCUUGUUUGCUGCUAUUAGUGAAACAGGAGGGGGAAAAAAUUACUGCUACAAGUUUAACUAUAUAACAACUCAUUUAAAAUAAAAAUAGACUUUCUCAUUAAAAUCCAAUAUUAUACUCCCAUACCUCUCUUUACUUCCUGCAAUAUAAAAUCUUCAAAAAUCCCUGAGUAAACCAGUAUCAUUACUAGCACCUGAAAUUAAUUUGUGAAUUUGCAACAGUAACCAGUUGUUAGUUAAUUUGUAUGCUAAAUGAAGGGAUACAUUGAAGCCUUCCAAAUCUCCUCUCAUGUACAUCAUCUUAUGCCACUGCCUUUCAGAAAUGAUAUAGUUUUGGAAAGACAAAAAGUUGAUUUGUUCUGGUUGCAUAUUUAAUGCACCCAAAGAAAAUUAUAUUCUUUCACAGAAAAUGUAUUUUGGAUACUAAAGUAGCUUAAGUCUCCUUUACUUUUGAAUGUAAGGGAGGAUUUGAAAAGAGGGUAUUUUUCCAAUCACAGUGUUUAUGUAAUAGCGUUCCUAUUUUUGUUUACAAACAUGGAAAACAGUAUUUCUGGCAGCUCUAGAACAAAUGUGAUAAUAUCUUGCUGAAAUAUUCUAGAUGCUAUUGUGCUAAUAUAGUAGUGGCUGAAGAAAAUCAAACAGCUUACUAUAGAAAUGUGCACAGUGCCAAAAUUACGUGAAAUGCUUAUGCUACAUCCAUGUAUGAAUUAAUACAGAGUAUGUGAUAAGCAAAAAGUUGUA